AUGAAUGUUAGUUUACAAAUUUCAUUAAUAAUAUCAAAUUCUUCGACAAUAUCUGUCGAUAUAUUAUUUGAAAAAAUUCUUUUAGGAUUUUUAUUAUUUAGUUUAUCAAUAUUUACUAUAUUUGGUAAUUUUCUUGUACUUUAUGCAAUACGAAUUGAAAAACGUUUAAGAGCUGUAUCAAAUUUAUUUAUUCUUAGUUUAGCAUUUGCUGAUUUUAUUGUUGGAAUAUUUGUUAUGCCUUUAAGUGCAGCAAAUAUUAUAUUUGGUCAAUGGCCAUUUUCAUUUGUUCUAUGUCAAAUAUGGUUAUCAACUGAUUAUGUUGCUAGUACUGCAAGUAUAUUUAAUCUUGUUCUUCUAAGUCUUGAUCGUUAUUGGGCUGUUGUUCAUCCAUUACUUUAUCUUCGAAAUCGUACAUUUAAACGUGCAAUGAGUUUUAUUAUAAUUGUUUGGUUAAUAUCAUUAUUAUGGAUACCAGCAAUAAUAUUUUGGUCACAUAUUAUACCUGAAUAUAGUGAUAUUAUUAAAUCAACUGAAUGUGAUACAUCAUUUCGUUCAAAUAAAUUAUUUAAAACUUUAACUGCAUUAAUUAAUUUUUAUAUUCCAUUAUUAACAAUAAUAAUAAUAUCAUGUCGUAUUAUGUUUGCAAUACAUACACGUUCAAAAAUGGAAUUUGGUAGACGUAUAUCAUUAACAACACGACAACAAAUGAAACAAGAUCAAAUAUAUUAUAAUUCUCAUCAUAAAGAAAGAAAACAUUCAACAUGUUUAUUAUCAAAUGAAAUCAAUGAAAAACCAAUAUCAUUAUCAAUUAUUGUUAAUCCAUAUGAAUCAAUAAUAGCAAAUCCAAAUAUUCCAUCAUAUGAAUUUGAUAUUAAUAGUGAUUUAUUAAUUCAAACAAAUGAAAAAAAUAAUAAUAAUCAUCAUCUUUGGCAUUUAGAAUCCGAUGAAUCAUCUUCAAUUGAUAAAACAUCUUUUCGAUUAUCUCAUUUAAAACCUAUUAAAAUAUUAUUUUCAUCAUUAUCUUCAAUAACAGCUUAUCAUCAACGUCAAAAUGAAGGUUUACCACUAAAUAAUUCUCAGAAAAAUUUUAUGAAAAUUUCUUCAAGUGUUUCAAAUAAUAUGAAAUAUGCUGAUAGACAAACAAAUAUACCAUCUAUUGAUUUAAAUCAUUUAACACGAACAUUAUCAACAUCAUCAACAACAUCUGAUGAAUGUCAACAAACAAUAUGUAUUAAUCCAAUGGAACAAAAUUUUUCAAUACCAAUUGAAAAUAUUAAUCUUCAAACAACAACAAUUCCAUCAACAUAUUCUUCAAAUAAUAUAGAAAAUCGAACAAUAAUUUCUAAUGAUCAUCAAAUUGAUGUGUCUAUAACACCAAUACAUAAUGAUCAUAAAAUAAAUAUUUUAACAUUUUUUGAUUAUAUUAUUAAUCCAAGUCUUUCAAGAUCAUUAAAAAAAGAACUUAAAGCAGCUCGACAAUUAGGAUUACUUGUUGGUGUAUUUACUAUAACAUGGUUACCAUAUUUUAUAUUAUUUUUAGUUAUUGCAUGGUGUCAUAAUUGUGUAUCAGAUACUAUAUUUACAAUAUCAAUAUGGUUUGGAUAUGUUAAUUCAACAUUUAAUCCACUUAUUUAUCCAUUAUGUAAUAAACAUUUUCGUCGUGCAUUUAAAAAAAUUCUUUCAUGUCAACAUAGAAAAAUGAAAAUAACUAAUCAAACUGCAUUAUCAGAACUUUAUGCAUUAAAUUCUAUACGUCGUCAUCAAUAA